UGUUCCUUUAUCUACAUUCCUAAAACCCCCCUCACAAUAUUUAUCCUCGCAGCUGUCAUACACAAUGCGAACCUUGGACGAGUAUCGGAAUUACUAUAACUUUCCUUCUGCUUUCACAAAAAGGGGGCUGACUCCUUCUCUAUUUAGUGCAGUUCUCCUUAUCUGUGCCUUCUGUAUCAAGACAGAGAGAGAGAGAGAGAGAGAGAGAGAGAGGGGGAUUUGGAAGGUGAAUGGAGAGGGCAGGCUCACAUCUGCAAGUCUGCAGCGUCCUCAAACCCACCUCCUCCAACUCUGCGCUCUGCACAGCCCUGACCAUGGGACGCCAGACAGUGUGAGUGAGGGGGAUUUUACUCAUUAUUGAGUCCAGCUCCGUGCACAUCAAACUCUGGUGCUAAACUGGAGCUUGGUACUUCAAGAACAUGGGUUGCAAAAUGAGAUCCAUGCAUUUUGUGUUUUGGUGUCUUUACUUCAUGCUCCUUCACUUGUUUUGCACAGCACAAGAUGAGGACAUGAGAUUGAGUUGUAGGACAGCGCCAAGUGACUUAGUAUUCAUACUCGAUGGAUCAUGGAGUGUGGAUGAUAUAAACUUCGAGAUUGUCAAAAAGUGGUUGGUGAAUAUCACCAUGAGCUUCAAUAUCGGUCAAAAGUUCACCCAGGUUGGGGUGGUGCAAUACAGCGACGACCCCUUCUUGCAUAUACCCCUGGGUAAACACUUCUCGAGCAGUGACCUCAUCAAGGCCAUGGAGUCUAUAGAAUACAUGGGUGGGAACACCAACACUGGACGGGCCAUCAAGUUCGCUAAUGACAAACUCUUUGCCCUGUCUGAGCGAGGUCCGAAUGGCAUUGCGAAAAUCGCUGUGGUUCUGACGGACGGGAAGUCACAAGAUGAAGUGCUGGCAGCUGCGGAAGCUGCGAGGAAAAAGGGGAUAAUUCUCUUUGCAAUUGGAGUCGGGUCUGAGACCGAAGAGGCACAGCUCAGGGCUAUCGCCAACAAGCCAUCCUCAACCUAUGUUUUUUCUGUGAAAGACUAUAAAGCGAUCGCAAAGAUCCGUGAAGUUAUUAGGCAGAAGUUGUGCGAAGAGACUGUAUGUCCAGCAAAGAUUGCAAUUAAUUCUCGAGAUGAGAAAGGCUUUGACAUUCUCCUACAUCUCAACUUGGCUAAAAAAGCCAAAAAGACACAAGGAUCGUUUUAUGGGAGUAAAGCCUACCAGGUGACAUCCCGAGACGACCUGAGUGAGAGUACUAGGAUGUUGUUUCCAGGUGGACUUCCUCCUUCCUAUGUUUUUGUGGCUACCUUAAAGUACAAAGGCUCUGUGGCUAUAGAGGAGUGGGACUUAUGGCGGAUACAGACUAAAGAUGAAAAACCUCAAAUGGCUGUUAGCCUCAAUGGCCUGGACAGAACAGUGAUGUUUACCACCACCACCAGCAAAACACCAAGCGGAACUCAAACUGUGGUCUUCACUAAAUCACCAGCUAAGAAACUAUUUGAUGAAAAAUGGCAUCAGCUGCGUCUUUUAGUGACAGAGGAAGACGUCACCCUGUAUGUUGAUGACCUGGAAAUUGAAACCUUGGCGCUGGAGCCUCCUGAUGGUAUUUUUAUUAAUGGGAAAACGCAGGUUGGGAAGUACGUCAGCAAAGAAACAACAGUACCUUUUGAAGUACAAAAACUCAGAAUCUACUGCGACCCGGAGCAGAACAACAGAGAAACCGCCUGUGAAAUACCUGGAGUUGAUGGAGAGUGUGCUAAUGGACCAGGAGACAUCGAUCCAACCCCUGAGCCCUGCAUCUGCCCACCAGGGCCACCCGGUACCCCUGGAAUGACGGGAGAACGGGGGAAAAUGGGAGAUCCGGGUCAACCUGGUCCAGCUGGUGCUGAUGGUAAGCCUGGUGUGCCAGGAUUUAGAGGAAGUCCUGGCAUUCAAGGCUCUCCUGGCAUUGAGGGGCAACGUGGAGCUGACGGACAUAAGGGGGAAAAGGGAAGUCCUGGAGAAGCAGGUGACAGAGGUAUUCCAGGUUUACCUGGGCCACCUGGUAAAACAGGUGAAAAGGGGUCCGCUGGUAAUCAAGGCAUACAAGGACCACCAGGAAAAGAUGGGCAAACGGGAGAAAAGGGAAGCAGAGGCCUUGCUGGUCCACCUGGAUAUCCAGGAGAGCCUGGAGCUCCUGGCAGAGAUGGAAAGGACGGGGCUCCGGGAGCAAUCGGUUUAAAGGGAGAUCCAGGACCGCCUGGAAUUCCUGGACUGGAUGGAAGAGAGGGACAUCCUGGCAUGCCUGGUAUACCUGGAAAUGAUGGUCAGAGGGGAAUUAAGGGUGAAGCAGGCUUGUCGGGAUCAAAAGGAGCCAAAGGUAUACCUGGAGACGCUGGUGAGAUGGGAUUGCCUGGAAUGACUGGCUCAAGUGGACAACCUGGCCCGAAGGGCAAUAAAGGGGAAAGUGGAGAGUCUGGUCAAGCAGGACCACCAGGACCAGAGGGUAAGCCUGGAGCAGACGGGCCCUCCGGUCAGCCUGGACAUCCAGGAAUGCCAGGAUCACUAGGAAUGAAGGGUCAAAGAGGAGACACUGGUGAAAGAGGAGCAGAUGGAAUGAAAGGUGAAAGAGGAGACUCGGGGAGACCUGGUGGUCAUGGUUUACCAGGAGCUGCUGGGAAAAAAGGAGAGAAAGGGACGGCAGGAGAGCCGGGUCAGAGCGGCCUAAACGGACACCAAGGGCUCCCAGGACAGCGUGGACAGACGGGACCCUCAGGACCCAGAGGACAGAGCGGAGAAAUCGGCCACCCGGGGCCACCUGGACCUGAGGGACGACCGGGCAGAGAAAUGUCUGAGCAGCACAUCCAGCAGAUCUGCAGAGACAUCCUCCGAUCGGAGAUCCCAGCUCUUCUCUUGAGCUCUCAGCACAGUCAGCACCGGAGCUGUGAGCACUGCUACACGCGUGUGGGACCCCCGGGGCCUGUGGGGACACCUGGCCCGCAUGGCCCCCGAGGAUUCCCUGGACUUUCUGGAUCCAACGGGCUGCAGGGUCAACGGGGUUUACCGGGACGGCCUGGGGUUCCUGGCAUGAAAGGUGAUCCAGGGGAAAAGGGUGAUAAAGGGAGUCAAGGACGGUCAGUAAUCGGAGACCCAGGUCUACCAGGACCACCAGGUCCGACAGGUCCAGCAGGGGUCGGAAAACCAGGUCAAGCAGGUAAACCAGGCUCACCUGGCCACGAAGGCAAGGAAGGCAAGCGAGGUCAAAGCGGAGAGCCAGGUCAGCCCGGCGUCUGCCAUCCGGCCAUGUGCUACGGCGCGAUGAUACGGAGGGAUCCCUUCAGUAAAGGGCCAAACUAUUGACAAUGCAGACAGUCUGGACGCAGCGCUGGAGGAGAAAGAAAAAAACACACACAGCCAAUCUCAGGAUGAUCAUAUCUGAGUGUCUCGCACACUCGCGGACGCAUGAAGUACCUCGAAUAAGUGUAAAUAAUAAGAUGAAGCUGCCUACAUUAAAGGGGACCUAUUAUGCCCCUAUUUAUAAGAGUGUGUGUAGUGAAGUUCAGCUCAAAAUACCACACAAACAAUGUUUAAUAACCCUCCGCCGUUUAGGUUGAUCCUAAUUGUGUCAUUUUGGUGACUGUCGCUUUAAAUUCAAAUGAGAUUGGGCUCUUGUCAAAAGAGGGUGGAGCUACAAAUGCCUGUGUGUCAGCAUAGUGGCAGAUUCAAAAACAAAACUGAGGUCUUUUGCUAAUGAGAGAGUGAUGGUCACUAGGGGGCGGGGCUUUCCCCACUUAUGACAUCAUACAAAGGGAGAAUGUCAAUCAAAGUGUUUCUGUUUUCAUCAAGACUGAUUAUAAACAAUAGGAUUAAUAAAUGUUUGCCGUUAGAAGCUGAAUAUAUUCACACACUCUUACCCUCAACUGCAUUUAAACACCUUAUAGAAGUGAUUUCUGCAUAAUAGGUCCUCUUUAUAACCACCCGCUGUCCAUGACUCCAUCCUGGGCCAUGAUUUAUUAUAGUCUGGAGGAACCGAACGCAUCCGAACGCUUGUGAAAAAUCAUCCAGUGUGAGGAUUUCUGGAGAUUCUACCUACGGUUCAACAAACCUCCUCAGUUUUUCGCUCCCAAUCAACCAUCGCCAGCUAAUCAUCUCAUUGUGUUCUUCAUGCCAGAUUUCCUGUCUGUUUUGCGAUCAUCUUUGUUUUUCUGGUUGGGCUUUUUUUUUUUUUUUUGCUGCUUGCAAGUUUGUCUUUAGAGUUUUAAGAGUUCUUUAACGACGCUUCAACAAUGACUUCUAAGUAAUACUGAU